AUGUCACAAGAAUAUUUCGAGGACCCAACUUCAUCUCAGGUCACUCAUCCCACUGGCGAUCAUGACGGGCCGCGGCUCGUUAUCACAGCUCUCCCAGUGGAGAUUUUAGUCAACAUUUUAAAGUACCUUCCCUUGAGUGGUCUCUUGAGAUGCAAACAGGCGAGUUUUUAUAAGGACUUGGCUCGCUCUUCCCUCAAGCCCUCACGAAAACAUCUCAUGAUUUUAUAUAAAUGGUGUUUACAGACAACCAAAGCACUUUUUUAUGUUAUCGAAGGAUCGUUAGUGCUCCAGUAUAAGAUUGAGCGUGAGGCUUGCCUCCUGGCUGGUGCCGUUGCUGCUUACCUAAAUCGACUCCCAGCGGCAGAGAAACUUUCGGAUCUUCGCAGGCGGGAGGUUGGAUGGGCUAGUCUGAAAUGGCAGCCUCAAACAUAUACCAUUCCGAUCGAUCCAUCGGAUUCUAUUCGUGGUUUAUACGAACUGCAGCACGGAUUCUUCGCGCGUGGGUGGUGCAAAGCAUCCACAUCGGGAGAACCUGAUGGUUUGUGGCUUCAGCCUCUUCCGGGAGUCGUGGGUCGUCCUUCGAGUACAAAGAGUCGCAGAUUAUCACUAGUACCUAAUUCGAUUGGUUCUGGGAGUCAGGUCAGCCUGGAAGGUGGAGAUGACGAUGGUGUUGAGAUAGACUCGAUUCAAACGCCUAUUUUCAACUAUCUUGGCUUCGAAUUUCAGGAGUUCAAUAUCGAUCCAGAACAGAAUUUGGCCGUUUACGUUUGCCGGGGCCCUGAUAUUGAUGGGGAUCUUGGCAGCAUGAUUGUCAAAAUAAGGCAAAUGUCUGACAAUGCCUUACACCCGCUUGCCCGAUACGAGACCCUCGAUACUCGUUCGAUGUCGCCUGAACAGUGCAUGUAUUAUGUGGAGAUAUUUGGCGACUUUAUUGGCGUCAUGGUACGGGGGCUCCUCGUUACGAAUUGUCGCUUUUGGAUUUGGAACUGGAAGACAGGCAUAUGUCAAUGUGAAUUGUCGGGUUUCAGGAUGGAUUCGUUUCUUUUCUUGUCCCCACGACAUUUCGUCAUUCCUCGACGCGAGGGGUCUUUCGCCUCUUUAUUGGUCUAUGCGUUCAGACCGUGUUAUUACGACGGGCCCCCUACUAAACCUUGUCUUCCAUCUCAGCAUAUUGCAACAUUCCAAUUACCACAAUUGUCCUCGGGGUCGGCGUUUUCACGUCCUAUCUGGUUGCGCUGCGAGCCUACUCCUGUCUUCGAAGCUCCAGAAUAUGAAAAAUUAUCUCCAGAGGAACCGCCACCUGCAGACGGACCUACUCCAAAUACAUCCUUGCCACUAGGUUCGGCCGGAGGCCCCUCCACAACGACGAACAAUCCGCCGAAACCAGCACCUGCUAACGCUCUCAACGGAUUGUUCGUUCGUCCACGCCAGGACGAUUUCAGGGUUGCAGUCUUUUCAUUUGGUCUGGGGUCCGCCAUCGAACCAGAUGCAUACAAAAUGUUUGUUGCCAUGUCCGAUAUCUACCGCAUGGCUAAACGUUUCGAGAGUGAAUUUCAUGCGAGUAGGGAGACACUGCACCAUCAUCCAGACGCCAACCCCGAUAACGUCCAUGCCCUUCCUGUCCAUGUCCCAUGGGAUAAUUGGGGACGUCGCUCUGCGCGUUUAUUGGAGAUUUCGGGUGGAGAGACAUGGGUGUGCUAUAUUUUCAUGAACCGAUACAUCUUUCGCACCCUCGAGUUCGAACUGGUGCCCGGAGAGGUUGAAGAGAACGUUAUACAUCUAGAUCAGAUUUGCACUUCCCGCCUCCAUGUGCUGGAUUUCAACCCUUAUUCGGUCCUUGCUGGAUCUGUCCCUAAAAGGAACGAUAUGCCACCUACAUGGGAAACCUUGUUUGGAGACACUGUGUUUGCUGAGGACGCCCGGGCCUCUAAUUCCGAUGAUGGGGUCGAGCACAGUGUGGACAUGGAAAGACAGUCAGGCGUCGAGGAGCCCCCGUCAUCCCAUUCGAAUGAGCCAUCAAGGAUGUCAAAGGAUUACAGGAUCUGGGGUCGUAUGGAGACUCACCUGGAGUCGACUGAAUCGCUCGACCUCGGCUUCGCUUGCCCGGUCAUCAGUAGACUUCCAUACCGCCAGGUGACAAGUAAUGAAACAUUCCCAGGGGACGUGUCACCCAUGAUAGAUGCGGAGAGGAUAUUGCUUGUUGAUGUGAGUCUUUACUUCAAGAACCUUGGUCAUAGUAUGUUCGACUACAUUCUGGUUUUUCAGAACACACGAGACACCGUGGAAGUUUUGGUCAUUUAA